AUGGCAAAAUCAGCAGAGACAGAGCAACCAGUGAAGGCCACUGGAUGGGCAGCCAGAGACACAUCUGGCGUCCUCUCUCCUUUCAACUUCUCAAGAAGGCAUGAGCUUGUGGGUGUAGUGUCAGAAGUGGGUAGCAAAGUAACAAAGUUCAAAGCAGGGGACAAAGUUGGUGUAGGUUGCAUGGUUGGAUCGUGUCACUCAUGUGACAAUUGUGUCAAUGAUCUCGAAAAUUAUUGUCCCAAAGUGAUACUAACCUACAAUGGCACCAAUUAUGAUGGAACCCCGACAUACGGAGGUUACUCUGAUAUAAUGGUUGUUAAUGAGCAUUUUGUAGUUCUAUGGCCCGAAAACUUUCCUCUUGAUGCUGGUGCUCCUCUUUUAUGUGCUGGGAUUACAACUUAUAGCCCCUUGAAAUACUUUGGAUUCGACAAGCCUGGUAUACAUUUAGGGGUGGUGGGUUUAGGUGGAUUGGGUCAUGUAGCAGUGAAAUUUGCAAAGGCUUUUGGGAUGAAGGUAACAGUCAUUAGUACAUCUCCAGACAAGAAGGAUGAAGCCAUUAAACAACUUGGCGCGGAUUCAUUUUUGAUCAGUCGCGACUCACAUCAGAUGGAGGCUGCAAUUGGCACAAUGGAUGGUAUUAUUGAUACUGUAUCGGCAGUUCACCCUAUAAUGCCAUUGAUUAAUCUGCUAAAGACUCAUGGGAAGCUUGUUAUGGUUGGUGCACCAGAGAAGCCUCUUGAACUCCCACUAUUUCCUUUGCUUGCCGGAGGAAAGAUAGUGGCUGGAAGUGGUAUUGGCGGCAUGAAGGAAACACAGGAAAUGAUUGAUUUUGCAGCAAAAAAUAAUAUUACAGCAGAUAUUGAGAUUAUCCCUAUGGAUUAUGUGAACAAUGCAAUGGAACGCCUUGUGAAAUCUGAUGUUAGAUAUCGAUUUGUUAUCGACAUAGGAAAUACCUUGAAGGCUGCCUAG